CAUGAAAAGUUAAAUAAAGAAACUUGAGAGCACAUAAGGAUAUAAUCAAAAGCCAACGGUUUCUGUGUAGGAAAGUGAAAGAUGAUUGAGCACUGAUGGAUGCUUUUGGCUUUUUUUUUUUUUUAAUUUUGUUUGUGAAGAUUUUGUUCGCUUGAAUAAUGGUCGGUGAAUGUGUAGUGAUUAAACAAAAGCGAGAAUCCAAAUCACGCUUUUAAAGUUUGAGUUUGCUGUUCUGUUUUGCUAUGCUUUGAUGUCAUCAUUAUCAAUGGAAUCUUCUGACUAAAGCAAGCUCUUGAUAGAGAAUAAAUAUUGAUAUUGAAGCGGUAGUGACGCUUCUUACGAGUUUCAGUGAGAAUGGAGGAGAUGAGAGGAAGAGUGAACACGUGGCGAGAGGAGCUGGCGAGUUUAGUGGAAGAUACAGAAAUUCGAUACGUCGGAGAGCCGGUUAUAUCGACUACGACGAGAAAACCAGUGGAAAAUGAACGGGAAAUAGAAAAUGAAAAUUUGAAGGAUCAAGUAACGGGGUUUCUGAAAUCAUGGGGCGAGAUGCUUCUAGAAUUAGGGAAAGGUUGUAGGGAUAUUCUGCAGCAGACAGUAAUAACUGAGGACUCAUUUAUUGUGCAAAAACUGGGUGGACCGGUGGCUAAGGUUUCGGGUCGGUUAAGAUUUUUAAACGAGUUCUUGCCCGAGGAUCGCGAUCCGGUUCAUGCCUGGCCCGUUGUUUUCUUCGUUUUUAUCCUCGCUCUUUCUGCUCUCAGUUUUACUUCAAAUCAUGAUAAGUUGGUCCAACCAGUGAAGAAAGUGCGCAUACAUCUUCCAUCUGCAAGUCGAAUACUGCUCCCAGAUGGCAGGAACUUGGCAUAUUGUGAGCUAGGUGUUUCAGCAACCAGAGCUAGAUUCUCUGUGAUUAUUCCACAUUCUUUUCUUUCCUCUAGACUUGCAGGUAUGCCUGGUGUCAAAACAUCACUGCUUGAAGAGUUUGGUGUUCGCUUGGUGACAUAUGAUCUUCCUGGCUUUGGAGAGAGUGAUCCUCAUCCUAGCCGGAAUCUUAACUCAUCAGCAUCAGACAUGCAGGACCUAGCAGAUGCUGUUGGUAUCAGUGACAAGUUUUGGGUGCUGGGCUUCUCUAGUGGAAGCAUGCAUGCUUGGGCUGCACUGAAAUAUAUUCCUAACAGAAUUGCAGGUGCUGCAUUUUUUGCCCCUAUGAUUAAUCCAUAUGAAUCAAGCAUGACUAAAGAAGAAAUGAGAAGAACUUGGGAAGAGUGGUUACCUAGGAGAAAAUUAUUUUUUUUUUUAGCUCGUAGAUUUCCAAAAUUGCUUUCACAUUUCUAUCAUCAAACCUUCCUAUCUGGAAAACAUGGACGAAUUGACAAGUGGAUGUCAUUGUCGCUUAAAAAGAAGGAUGAAGUUCUGAUUGAGGGACCAAUCUUUGAAGAGUUUUGGGAAAGAGAUGUAGAGGAGUCUGUGCGCCAGCGAAAUACAAAGCCAUUCAUUGAGGAAACAGUGCUGCAAGUGUCCAAUUGGGGUUUUAGCCUGGCAGAUCUCCAGGCGCGGAAGGAGUGCAAGAGAGGAGGGAUUCUUUCUUGGCUCAGGUCCAUGUACAGUCAGGAACAAUGUGAAUUGGCAGGAUUUUUAGGUCCAAUACACAUAUGGCAGGGAAUCGAUGAUCAAGUUGUUCCUUCUUCAAUGACUGACUACAUAAGCCGAGUUUUACCAGCAGCCGUUAUGCAUAAACUCCCAUACGAAGGUCACUUCUCUUAUUUCUUUUUCUGUGAUGAAUGCCACUGGCAAAUAUUUUCCACUCUUUUUGGGAGCCCUCAAGGUCCCCUAGAACAGAAAAGAGAAAUGGUUGAAGCUCCAUUUGAAGGAGAUAGAAAAGAGGUAUAGCAUGAAGCAUUACGUAUUGAAGAAUAAUAAUCUCACCACAAUCUUACUAUGGUUUUUUCCUUUUGUUUUAACCCCUCCAAUUUUACGUAAAGAAUACCACAGGGUGCUCUUCUGCUGAGAGAACAUGAAAGAUGAAAUUGUAAUUUUCUAUAUUACAAUUUUUGGAUGACAAAAACAUUUAACGAGAGAUGUUAAAAUAUGAAGGCAUUUUUACAA